CUAAUCCCACUCAUUUCUGAAGGGAUUACCGGACCAAUCAUGAUUGAGAGGUCGCUGGCUCGCCUGACACUGCCUGGACCGGGAGCAGUGUAGGCAGUGAGUGGAGGCACAACACGAGGAUCUGGAGAAUUAUUCAGAGAUGGUAUUUUGUCUCCUUUUUUUUUUUUUUUUGCGAAAAUAAAAUCCGGAGAUGAAAGUUGAUUCGUCUUGUCGCUUAUGGCGACCGACCCGAGGAUGCGCGCUGCAAUAUCUGCACGGUUGGCGCAGGUUUAAGAAUGGAUGGCAACUUGUGCAUUUGUGCACCAGAAUUCGUGGUAACUUUAUCAUCAUGGUCAACGCUUGGAUUGUGUUUUAAAGGACACCAUCUUCACUAAAUAUCCAGGAUCUGUCUGGACUUUUCUGUGCAUGACCAGCCAAUGGAGGAAGAGAAGGUGGUUGAUAAUAUCCAAGCAAAAUCCAGCUCCCCUUUACCUACUGGGGUUCCCAUUAACUGGGGACUCAUCACUGGCCCUGUCCCUGAACCGGUGUUCCCAGCGCCGUCUCUGAGCACUCAGCUUCCACCUACUGAGAGUUCUGCUGUGCAUGCACUGCAGACCAAGGUGAAGUCGCUCACGCAGAGAAGGACAAGAGGGAGAGAUCGGGAGAAAGAACGAGAGAGGUUGGACACGGAGGUCUUAGUGAGCAGUCCGACUGGGCAGAUUUCAUCUGAAGUCCUUCUCAGGCAGAGGCCCAGAGGAAAGGGUCCAGUACCUCUGCCUGCCCUCUCCUGGCGAUCAGGUGCUGGGAAGACCUUGAGCAGCAGUGAUGAAGAGGAGGAGGUAGAGGUGCAAGUCAGUUUUGAGAUCCACAGCCCUCCAGCUGAAGCACGAGGAGAGCCGCUGCUUCAGGAGGGAGAGAAAACUGAAGAUGAGAGGUCAGAGAAAAAUGAGGACCGGGUCAGUUCUCUGACAGGCCAGCUUUGUGGACUUGGGGAGGGUACGAGUCUGGAGAGUCUUGUGUCUGAUAACUCAAGCAGCAGUAAGGAUGACCCAUCCCCUCCUCCUCGUCUACCUGUGCUCUCCUGUUUUCCUGUCACCACCUCUGCUCCUGCAGCAUCGUCCAUUUCUUCCUCCACGUCAACCAGACAUUGGGCACCACCCAAGGGCUUCUGGAGAGUGGCACGCCCUGAGACACUGCUUCUAAAUGGGGUUGUCCCGAACAACAUACCCUCCUCUUUACCUCUGAAGGACCACACUCAGACAGAAGUACUGGCAGAGCCUCAAAUGAAGUCUAAACAAGCUGAAACAGGCACCAAGAGUGAUGUGGGAAGUGUGGUAGAUAUCACUGACGCAUCCUCAGAACUCAAACUCUUGGACAGUGUGGAGAGCUACCUGGACAGGUGUGAGCAGAAGGAGACAGACGCUGGUGAUGUAGCCAAAGGACUGUGCAAUUCAGACAGCUGGGAGAGCGUGUCCUCUCAAAGUGGGGUGGUCUCUGCUGAUGAGAAGCUGAAGGUGAAGCAGAGAGCUUAUGCAAAGUUGAGGGAAAGACAACAAAACUGCAGGGAGGAGAGAGAUCAGAGUGGAGAAGAAAGUGCCAGCUGUUAUGGAGAUGCGACAUGCAGAGUGGACUGUACAGGUGCACAUGGGGCUUUGGACAGCUCAGACUCAGCCAUCCUCGCGCAGGAACUUGAACCCUAUCUGAGGUCACUUCUUGUAAUCACUGAUGAUCUCCCUCUGAGCCCGAGACACGAGCAAGCCAAGCGUCUUCUGGAGCGAGCACGACUCAAGGCUCGCUCCAAUCACAUUAAAGGCGAUCGCCCCUGCAGACGCUCCCAUUCCGAUCAGAGAUCCACUGUAAAGAAGCAGCAAGUUGAGUCUCCCAGUCCAACACCAGAGCAGAAAGCUGUUCAAACCAAAGAAGAUCAUGCGGCUCAAACUGGAUCCGGUCCCCUCCUCAUCCCAAACCAAAGAAGCACUUCCCCCAGUGAUCAAGGUGGUCGAUCCAGACGCUAUGGUUGCUCGCCUACACGGGUGCGCUUCGAGGACGAAUCAGAGAAAGAAGCAGAGUCUCGGUACUUGGAUAGGGUGAGGCAGCGUAGCAGGCCCGGGCAGCCAAAGUCCAAGAGUAAAGACAGCAAUACGGAUUCUAGCAGCAGUGGUUCAGAGAGGAGCAGAAGCCAUAGAAGUGUCUCCAUGCCUCCACAGAAACAAGAAGUUGUGGGUGUCAGUGGUGAACCCACAACAGUGAUUAAAGAGAUAAUAGUGCUGGUGAAGAAGUGUGAGGCAUGUGGCUCUGUAGUCAGGGAGCCUCAGCCAGUCUCAUCACCGUCAGAGCCAAAGAACACUGAGCCAAAGCAGCCUGAGGACCCACGGGAGAAAGUGGCUCCUCGCUGGGUGCCUCAUAACAAGCCAGAGGCAAGCACUCGUCCUAAAGCUCCUCUAACUGUCACCUUUGCCGGAGCUUACGUGCUGGGGGAAAAUAAAGAGAGCAGCACAGGGUGGAAAUCAUCAGGGUUUGGGAAACUUAGGAGGAGGAGCAGGAAGGGUGAAAGUCGGUUGGAGUCUGGCCAUGGCCCUUACGGUCCAUCUUGGGCUCAGCGGCGUAACUCAAAUCCCAGGAACAGGGUCAACUUGAGCAGAGCUGUUUCCUUUGCCCCAGAUAGCCCCGUCGCUCUGGAGCCCCGCUUGCUGGACGGAUUAAGGGAAUCACCUCCCCCAUCGCUGCCUAUCAAGUCAGCCCUGAAGUCAAGUUCAAGAAAUCGCUCUGCUGCAGGUCAGUCCACAGUUCAGUUCCAGAUGACCUCAAAUCAGGGAGGUGAGGGAGGACCAUCUGCCCUCCUGGACUCUCCAGAGGCAAGAAGGGAGUGCGCAGCGGCUUUGACUCAAGGGACCCCUGCAACAAGCAGCCAGGUGCCCUGUAUCAGGCCCUCCACCCUGAGGUACUCUCCGGCCCGGCUCACCACUGACCUGCCAGCUGCUGAACUCUGGGAUGCCACUCCAGAUGGAUCAGGUCUGAGUGACCCUGGUUCCGGUCCUGAGUGUCGCCCCGCUCUGCGUGGCCUGGCCAUGUCUCGGGCCGAGGACCUCAGAGCAGAGCUGCUGAGAGCAGAACACCUGAAAGCUGAGGCCUUAUGGGAGGAAAACUCUGACGGCUCCAGAAAGCUGGAUGGACGGCCAAAGCUCUUCCUGCGUCGCUUCUUUUCCUCUAUUGGUCUGAACAGUGUUGGUAGACUAGUGAAAGGAGGCCGCUCCAGCAGCAUGGAGCACCUCAGUAUCCCCACAGCCCCACGGGUCAGCUCUGCAUCCCCGAGCCCCACACGCAGACCCCAGCCCACCAUCCGCAUGCAGAGGACACCCUCACUGCAAACCCUACACACAGUGCUGCCACUGGCCCAACUGCGCAAAGCCUCCUCUGUGCAGAGUUUAGAGAGGAGAACAGAGCGUUCAACAAUACUGGGAGAGGUGCAGAUACCGUAUGGCCUGGCACCCAGCCCCGACAGCCCUCAGCUGGAGCUUCACCGGGCCCUGAGUGUCGAGGAUGUCCUCCCCUCCAGAAUUGCGCGUCCAGUAGGCCGGGUCACCCAGGCUUUCCCCGAUGGGACCCUCCUCCUGGAGCUUGUCAGACCCCCAAACGGUCCCUUUGGUUUUGUCAUCUCAAGGGGCAAAGGCAGACCAGACACAGGUGUGUAUGUAGAGAAGGUGGGUGACGGUGGCCCUGAAGGCCCUUACACAGGUCUCCUUGGCAUCGGUGAUGAAAUUCUGCAGGUGAACGGAGAGGCAGUGGCUGGACUCAGUCUGGACCAUGUGACGCGGCUCAUGACCCGGGAGAGCACCGCUUCCCUUCGGAUCAUGCCGGCCCGACGCAACCAGCGCUGACUGGGAGGAUAGGCAUGGCACAGAGCCAUUUCUCCUGCAGCCAUGGCAUCUGAUUCACCACUGCAAACACUGCUGAUGGACUGUAACCCAUGGUAGAUAGUCAGAGUGUAUCUCAGUGCAGUUUUACAUUUCAAAAUAGCUACAUGGGAUUUCAGGGUUAGAGGUUCGUUAGUGUAAACUAUUGUUAUACAAUACAACACUGCAGGGGACUUGAUUACAAUGAGAAAUCAAUGAAGUGACCAUAUGACAAAACCAAAUAUAUCAAGUAGUAAACAGGACUGUGGUGGCAAGAAACUGGUUUUCAGAGUAUAUAUUGUGAUACUAAUAAAACAGUUCAGACUAUAAAUACUGAUUCAGAUCCAGCACAACUUGCAUAUACAUAUAUGUUUUUUUAAAUUGUAAGACAUAGUUGAACAGAGAUCAUUUCAUUCACAAAGUCUUAAACUCUCCAAAAUAAAAGCAAUAGGGUAACUGCAUUUAUUAGUAUUUGUGACAAUAAAAAACAAAACUUUAGCACCGCUGCUUUUCUCAUGUUCAAAAUGUGAUUUAUUUGCCACCCUAAAUGCGUAGUGAGUAGAACCAUAUUUUGUCACAGGUUUAAAAUUUCCCCAUUACUGUUAUUGAUUAUUUCAGAUGAUUAACUUGCACAAGGAUGUGCCACAAAUGUAAUCCCAUGACAUCUUCAAACUAAAGAGCUUUUUAUUUAAUUAAAAUAAAAGAAAGAAUAACUGAAACCUUUAUUCUCCCAAGAGGAAUUUGCUUUGCACAAAUGAGCGUACAAGGGUAUCAAAAACACAUCAUCAGCAACACAAAACAUAGAAACAAGCAUCACAGAAAAGCAUCCUCACUGGGAAACUGAUAAAGGACACAAGGUUAAAGCAAGAAAGAAAUUAAAGGUGCCCUCCGAUGGAUUGCAACUACAAAUUCUGCAUAAAUAUAAAAGCAAUUAUUUCUCUGUCACUCCCUCUCUUUGUUUUUUAACGGAUCAUAUUUCCCUGGGGCUCUGCCGGAGCCCUUCAUUUCACGUGUGC